AUGGGAAAAAACAACAACAGCAUAGCUUUUGAUGGCAUGAAACAUUGUAAACCAUUUGUGCGGAAAUGCCCAGAGACUUGGUGGAGGAAUGUGGUUACUGAAAUUCGCGGGACUAUAAUGACCAUUGGCAUUAACAGGCCAGAAGCCAGGAAUGCCGUCAACAAGGAGACGGCACAGUCGCUGUGGCAGGCUUUCAGGUCCUUUGAAGAGGAUCGUUCGCUAACUGUGGCAGUGCUUCAUGGCUUGGGAGGCAAUUUCUGUGCUGGUUAUGAUUUGAAGGAGCUGGCCUGCAACCCAGCCUCGAUCAAAUUCGAACAAGAUGUCACAAAAGGUCCUGGUCUGAUGGGGCCUUCCCGGAUGAGAUUUUCCAAGCCUGUGAUUGCUGCAGUUAGUGGCUACGCGGUUGCUGGUGGGCUCGAGCUGGCCCUCUUGGCUGACCUACGUGUUGUGGAAGAAAGUGCCGUCUUGGGAGUGUUCUCCAGGCGAUUUGGUGUUCCACUAAUAGAUGGCGGCACUUUAAGACUGCCAAAGCUGAUUGGUCUUUCACGAGCGCUUGAUCUCAUUCUCACUGGUCGGCCUGUGAGUGCACAAGAAGCCUAUCAGUUUGGACUGGCCAAUCGGAUUGUUCCCAAUGGCCAAGCACUUCGGCAUGCAGUUGAAUUAGCGGAACAGAUUUCAGCAUUUCCGCAGCAAUGUAUGCGUGGAGAUAGAAACUCUGCUUACCACAGUGCAUUUGAUGCUUCCUCGUUCACCGAAGCCAUGCAGUUUGAGUUUGACACGGGAUUGGAAGUGAUACAAAGCGAAUCUGUUCCUGGUGCUAUUAAGUUCUCCCUAGGACAUGGGCGCGGUGGAGCAAAAUUAUAGGAGUUCA